AUGAGUCCAGCCCUGAGCUCAAACGCAGAGGAAGAGACUCACCUCCAGCCUCGGAUCAGUGGUGGUGGUGAUGAUGAAGCUCCUCGUGUUGAGCAGAGUGAACCGCAGGACCGGACUGACCUUGAGGAAUCUCUGGAGCUGAAAAGACCCCAGUUUUACCACUUACUGUACGUUCUGCAGAACAACGUGCUUCUCAGUGUUUUCUCCUUAAGCUGUCUGUCUGUCUGUCUGUCUGUCUCCUUGCAGGGCAGUUUCGUAGCCUGUAUGACCGCCACUCUGCGGCAGAUGGACGACUAUCACUACGCCCACCUCAUCAGCACCUUUGGGAAGAUGCGCACAGACGUGGUGGAUUUCCUCAUGGAGACGUUUAUCAUGUUUAAGGAUCUCAUUGGAAAGAAUGUCUAUCCUGCUGACUGGGUCAUAAUGAACAUGAUGCAGAAUAAAGUCUUCCUGCGAGCCAUCAAUCAGUACGCCGCCGUUCUCAGCAAGAAGUUCCUCGAUCAAACCAACUUUGAGCUGCAGUUGUGGAAUAACUACUUCCACCUCGCUGUGGCAUUCCUUACCCAGGAGUCUUUGCAGCUUGAGAACUUUUCAAGUGAUAAACGGGCCAAGAUCUUCCACAAGUAUCAAGACAUGCGGCGACAGAUUGGCUUUGAGAUCCGAGACAUGUGGUACAACCUAGGUCCACACAAGAUCAAGUUUAUCCCUGAGAUGGUGGGUCCGAUCCUGGAGAUGACGCUGGUUCCGGAGAUCGAGCUGCGUAAAGCCACGAUUGCCAUCUUCUUUGACAUGAUGCAGUGCGAGUUUCACUUCAGACGCUGUUUCCAGAUGUUUGAGAACGAGAUCAUCACCAAGCUGGAUCACGAGGUGGAAGGAGGCCGAGGAGACGAACAGUACAAAAUCCUCUUCCAGAAGAUUCUGUUGGAGCACUGCAGGAAACACAAGUAUCUGGCUAAGUCUGGUGAAACCUUCGUGACUCUGGUGGUCCGUCUGUUGGAGAGACUUCUGGACUACAGGACCAUCAUGCACGACGAGAACAAGGAGAACCGCAUGAGCUGCACAGUAAAUGUGCUGAAUUUCUACAAGGAGAUCGAGAGAGAAGAGAUGUACAUCAGGUACCUGUAUAAGCUCUGUGACCUGCAUAAGGAGUGUGAUAACUACACAGAGGCCGGAUACACCCUACUGCUGCAUGCUAAACUCCUCAAGUGGUCUGAAGAGGCCUGUGCCGCCCACCUGACGCAGAGAGACGGAUACCACGCGAGCACUCAGGGUCAACUCAAAGACCAGCUGUACCAGGAGAUCAUCAAUUACUUCGACAAGGGAAAGAUGUGGGAGGAGGCCAUUAUCCUGGGGAAGGAGUUAGCCGAACAGUACGAGAACGAGAUGUUUGACUUUGAGCAGCUGAGCACUUUACUGAGGAAGCAGGCUCAGUUUUAUGAGAGCAUUGUGAAAGUGAUCAGACCAAAGCCAGACUACUUCGCUGUAGGUUAUUAUGGGCUGGGCUUCCCUUCAUUUCUCCGGAAUAAGAUGUUCAUCUAUCGGGGGAAGGAGUAUGAGCGGUGGGAGGAUUUCGAGGCGAGACUGCUGACUCAGUUCCCCAACGCUGAGAAGAUGAAGACCACCGCCCCUCCCAGCGAGGACAUCAGGAGCUCCUCAGGACAGUACAUUCAGUGUUUCACAGUGAAACCCAUCCUUGAACUACCACCCAAGUUUCAGAACAAACCCGUAUCAGAGCAGAUUGUGAGCUUUUACACCGUGAAUGAGGUCCAAAAGUUCCAGUAUUCGCGGCCGGUCCGGAAAGGAGAGAAAGAUCCCGACAAUGAGUUUUCAAACAUGUGGAUUGAAAGAACGACUUACGUAACCGCCUAUAAGCUGCCUGGCAUCCUGCGCUGGUUUGAAGUCGUGUCUGCCUCACCGGAGGAAAUCAGUCCCCUUGAAAAUGCUAUGGAGACCAUGCAACUGACCAAUGAGAAAAUCAGCAACAUGGUCCAGCGCCACCUUAACGACCCCAGCCUUCCCAUCAACCCCCUCUCUCUGCUCCUCAACGGCAUCGUGGACCCAGCUGUCAUGGGCGGCUUUACUAAUUAUGAGAAGGCCUUUUUCACUGAGAAAUACACCCAGGAACAUCUCAUUGACCAGGAGAAGAUUGAAAGGCUGAAGGAUUUGAUUGCCUGGCAGAUCCCGAACCUGGCUGAAGGAGUUCGUAUCCACGGCGAGAAGGUGACGGAGGCCCUACGACCGUUUCACGAGCGUUUGGAGGCAUGUUUCAAACAGCUCAAAGAGAAGGUGGAGAAACAGUACGGUGUCAGAACACUACCUCCCAUGUCAGACGAGCGGCGGGGCAGUCGGCCACGUUCAAUGGUUCGGUCAUUCACCAUGCCAUCGUCUCAGAGGCCACUGUCCGUCGCGUCUGUGACCUCCAUAUCAUCAGACAACUCACCCUCCAGACCGGGAUCAGACGGAUUUGCCUUGGAGCCUCUUUUACCAAAGAAGCAGCACUGUAAGUCCCAGGAUAAACUGGAUCGAGAUGAACCUGAGAAAGACAGGAAGGAGAAAAAGAAGGAGAAGAGGAACAGUAAACACCAGGAGCUGUUUGAUAAGGAACUGAAGGCCGCUGAUAUUCCCCUGCAGCCGAGUGAGGCGGUCAUACUGUCAGAGACCAUCAGUCCGUUGAGGCCCCAGAGGCCGAAGAGUCAGGUGAUCAACUUACUGGGUGAGAAAAGACUCUCUGUGUCCCCAGGAGCCCCUGCCAACCCGUCUGUGCCCAGCGUCCCGCCUCCCAUCACCCCCCGGGUCAAACUGCACUUCAGCUUACUGACUGGAUCCAAUCUAGAGCUGAAUGGGACGGGUUAUGGAGAUAAGGGGGAAACCCCGCCCCCACUUCCUGUCAAGAGCAGCAUGGGUGACUAUGGAAACCUGAUGGACAACUCAGACCUGGCCAGUCCGACCACACCCCCUCCACCACCGCCACACCCGCGGCACCUUCCGCCCCCCUUACCCAGCAAGACCCCUCCACCUCCACCUCCAAAGACCACGAGAAAGCAGACCUCCAUCGACUCGGGCAUCGUCCAGUAAGAGAAGACGGCAGUGACAUCCACAUCGGCCCUCUUCCAACGAUUUUACGUCAACAUCCCUGACAGUGUGGCAUGAUGAAUCGCUCACCUCAGCCCUUCUCAUAACGGCUGAUCAUUGUGUGUCCACUGCCGGAUCAGCGCUCCAAGCCGAGAUCUCAAAUCACUCCAGACAACAGCAAAUAUAGAUGCAGUGGAACUGGAGUCAGGGAAUUCUGGGGAUUUUUGGCAGAUGGUGCAUGUUUAGCUAAAACUAAAGAUGAAUUAUAGUUUAGGCAGGAACGUAGUCGGGAAGAUGCUUUUUAGGCAUAUUAUCAUCGAGACACAUGACCAGGUCAUAGUCAAAGAUUCCUCUUUCUCUCAUUUUUACAUAUUUUUAUCCUCACUAUAUACACAUUUAUGUACAGAGGUUUGUAUAUAUGAUUUUAUUUUAUUGCUUUUCUUGAAAGUACAUUUUAUGUUUGUUUUUUUAUAUGCAGUUUAUAUAAAUAAUUGGCAUUUUUAUCCAAAAAGGGUUGAUUUUCUAAAGAGAGGGACAGUAAAGGUAUUCUUACAUAUCUCUUUUAUUGAUUUUGAUGUUGUUCUUUCUCAUUUGGAGUGAAAACAACUAAAAGUCAUUGUACCAAUCAAGCGUAUAAACCACAUAAAAGCAACAGUGUGCAUAUCGAUAGCAUUGACUGCUCCAAAUCCACUACUGACUUCUGAAUAAACUUAAUGUAUGUAUUUGUAAAGUGGCUCUUGUUUGAUUCAUGCUAAUCCAGAGCAAUGUAGCCAUUCAAGACCCAAUAGAAAAUAAAGUAACAUUUCAUUUA